CAGCGUAACCUUUUCCCCGGAAGUACAAGUUGUAAACACGGGGUGUCUUUAAUGCUAGGUUACGUCCUACCAAGCUAGAAAAAUGUCGAAAAAUAUAAGAAUAGCGCUGAUUUUUGGGGGUUUUAUAACAACAGUCGCCGCUGCUUUAUAUCCUAUUUUCGUCUAUCCUCUGACGCACAGAGACGAGUACAGACAAACUCAGAGGAUAAAUCGGUCCGGAAUAAACCAGGAAGAUGUGCAGCCUGUGGGUCUAAAAGUUUGGUCUGAUCCUUUCAAGCCUUCCGAGAAGUAAUAAGCUCCUCCCUCCUCGCCGCCCUCCGGUGCUCCCGGACAGGAAGACCAGGGAGCCAAAAAGCUUUUCUGAUAAAUGUGUGAGUGUCUGUGUGUGUGUGUGUGUGUGUGCGCGUGUGCGUGGCUUAUGUCAUGAGUGUUUGCUGAAAACUUUUUGAACUGAAUAAACUUCAAGAACUUAUGAAAACGUU